AUGCACAACCUUUUCCUUGGUCUGGUGCAAUAUCACGCUCGUACCAUCAUCGGAAUGGAUAUGCCGGCUGCUGAUCCGUAUGAUGACGAUAUCAACGUCGACAUUGACGUUGAGCCAUCCGGCAUGGAUGACGAGCGCCAUUCGAAGAUUCUUCUGCAAGUGAGGAAGAUUGAACGCCUACUGAUGUCUGUUCCAACCGCGAAACAGUUGGGAAGUAAUUCGAGGGGAGCUCUACGAUUUGUAUGUCGCAACCGAGGUGCGGAUCAAUCCUCCUGGGGUCCCACGAGAAAGCUGAAGAAAAUCGUCCUGGUUAAUGCGUUGCUAGACAGCAUACAUACGGCUCCCACUGCCACAAGCUCGUUGGCAACCGAGUCCACGGUUACUCUCAUAUUACCUGAGUUGUUGAUAGGCAAUCAGUUUGUUGACGAAUGUGUCGAACCUACUCAAGACGAAGACGUUUCUACCCGAAGACACACGAGUUCCUCAGUAUUUUCACGACAAGAUUUGGAACAUCUACAAGCUGACAUCGCGCUUACAUCGCGUCCAACCUACUCUAAAGGACCUCCACGCAACAUCGGCACCACGGCACGCGGUAAGCUCAAAGCAGAUUAUUGGAAGGCGGUCAUCGAGUUCGAGCUACCGGUGUCCAUGCUCAAGCGGUGGUGCCGUACGUGUACGCCAACGCAUCCUGGGGACGACGUUCGACGUGAGCUAGUCCGCUCUACCAUAUAUAAGACACACAUGAACAGUUACCUAUCCAGUAUUUUACGUCUGCGUCCGGAGCGAUCAUUGAGACCGAAUCAUCAUAACGCCCUCCAUUUAGGUGAUUUCCUGCUACGCUUCGGGCCGAUUCACGGGUGGUGGAUGUUCCCAUUUGAAAGAAUCAUUGGUAUACUCCAGCAGACAGCCACCAAUGGCAAAUUAGGCCAACUCGAGAAGACCAUGCUAGAGACGUUCUGUGCAGCAGCGAAUAUGAAGGCAUUUAUGAAAUGCACUCAUUUUCCCGAUGUCUUACAACAGUGCGCAUCGAUUAUCGAGACAUGUUAUCAGGACGAUGACCGGGGAACCCUUCGGACGGAUAUGCGUACAUUCCUGAAUCUGAGAGACGGCGCAGCCGCACUGAAUGAUGAAUGGAUUGGAGAAGUUGGCAGGAACUCGAUCCCGACAUAUGCUAUGCGCUAUCAGCAAUGA